GGAGAAGAGGGUUGGAGUAGCCUUCUCGCGUUCAGGACUAUCAGUUCUCGGCUUCCUUCGCUUGGAUUGCCUGCUGCUCAACUUUCCUGCUGUUGCUGCUGGGGGGUGUUACAUUUUCACAUCUCUACGCCGCAACCUCUCUCCUCCCCCAAUCCCGCACGCUUUUGCUUUCCGUGGCUGAAGAGAGAGAAAGCGAGAGACUGCGUGGCGCUUCCAAGACCUUAGGUCAGUGGAAGGACCCCAAACAAAACUUUCAGAUGUGGAAGAUCAUACUCCCAAGCCAUUUUGGGAUUUAAAGUUGCUGUCCUUCUGAAAUGAGCUAGAAACAAAACAAAAAAAAUUGCAGCGAGGUGAGCUGCUUGCUCUCUGCUGACUGUACUGUCUGCCAGUGGUGUGAACAUGAGUAGCAACCUGCAGUGAGCAUGACAUCUCUAGCCAACAUCAUUGCUUCCCAGCAGUCUUAGUGGGUCUCUUUCAACAAUGGACUGCUCUUACCAAUUGCCUCCCAGGCUGUCAAUGCAGGCCACACAGGAGAACCUUGAGAGAUUUCUUUCCUCCUCUGACACUUCCUCUGAAGGCAUCCAAAACCUGGAUGGAGAAUUUCAGACACUUGAACAAGUUGAGCCAGGAGAUGCAAUGGACAAAGCAGCUGUAGGCUUUGUUUGUUUACUUGAAAAUCAUCAGUCUGCAAAGCCUGAUCUGUCUUCAUCCUUCAGCACAUGGGUCCAGUUUGAAGAUGCACCUUGGUCUAGCCCUCCACUAGAGAAUGCCCAUACAGCCCUUUCUCCAAAAACAUCCUACUGGACACAUCCGUCCUCAGGAUUUUCUGAGAGACGGCCUCUCACCUCAGACAACAGUUGGACAACUACUUCUGAGAACACCAGCAGCCCAAGUAUUACCCCUUCCUAUACUGAUCUGCAAUCCAUAAAUACUGAAGACCUCACCAGUGGCAGAGCAUCUGCAGCAGACUCAACUGACAAUUCCUCAUCCCUUCUUGAAGAUGAAGAGCUAGGUAUGGAGACUACCAGCUGGCAACUGAACAGCACAUCAAUCAAUGGCCAUUGUGAAACUCCAACAACAGCUCGUUUCCCCAGCUGGGUGACUUUUGAUGACAAUGAAAUCAGCUGCAACUCUCCACCGACUUUAUCCCCCAUGAAACCAGAAUCCCCACCAUUAGUAGCAGCUCCAGCAGCAGCAGCAGUAACAACACAGAUCACAGAUGUGAACUCUAUUACUCUCUCAUCAUCCUUUAAGAAAAGGGAACGCCCCAGAAGUGCAUUGGCUGACCUUUCUAAAAUCCAGAAACUAGACCUUUCCUCAGUAGCCAGGCUGCCUUCAGUUAGUGGGACACCCUCCUGGAGUGCUACUAACCCAUUUCUUGAUGAAUCUCUAAGGGAUGUACAACCUUCCCCUAUCAACCCAUUCAGCUCUUUCUUUGAAGAACAGGAUAGGCGUUCUCAAACCUCUCCCAUCUCUGGUAGAAACCAGAGAGAUUCUCUCAUUAUCCUCCAUCAAGAGCCUGACACCAUCAGUUUUAAUGAGUCAAGUCAACAUCUCGGGCAUAGAGAUGCUGUUGAGCAAUUUAAGCAACUCAAGAUUGGGGAUCCAGAUCGGAUAAGCAGCCCUACUCUGCCUGAUGAUGACCCCACAGUGCCAACUGAGCUGUACAGUACCAUGUCCAGUUUGGGGCCACCUCAGCAAAAAGAUGGCUGGCCAAUGAUGCUGAGGAUACCAGAAAAGAAGAAUAUUAUGUCCUCUAGACACUGGGGGCCGAUUUAUGUCAAAUUGACUGAGAGCAGGUACUUGCAGCUCUUUUAUGAGAAGGGAUUGGAGAAGCCUUUCAAGGAAUUCAAGCUUGACAUCAAUCAUGAAAUUUCAGAGCCCAAGCUCCAGAAUUAUGAUGAGAAUGGAAGGAUACACAGUGUGAGGAUAGAUCGCAUCAUGUACAAGGAGAAAAAGAAGUACCAGCCAAAGCCAGCUGUCUCUCACACAGCGGAGAGGGAACAGGUUAUUAAACUAGGUACCACUAAUUAUGAAGACUUCCUCAGCUUCAUCAGGGCAGUUCAGGAUACACUAAUGGAUUUGCCUGCUUCAUCAACAGACCUGAGCACAGUGGGAUUAAACUACCAAGAGGAGGAAAUCACUGUGGAUGUAAAGGACGAGUUCUAUGGCACCUUGGCCAAAGGAGACAAUAGGAUUUUGCAGCACAAUGUUUUGACCCGAGUGCAUGUUCUCACUUUUCUUUCUGGCCUGGCAGAAUGUAGGCUGGGUUUUAACGACGUCUUCGUCAAAGGGAAUGAAAUUGUCUCACGGCAGGACAUCAUGCCCACUACCACCACCAAGUGGAUCAAACUGUAUGAUUGCCACUUCCACUCAUGUGUGGAUGAGGAUGCAUUUGCCAGUGCCCGUGUCAUUCUGUUUAACCCCCUGGAUGCUUGCAGGUUUGAACUGAUGCGCUUCAGAAGUGUGUUUUCUGAGAAGAUGUUGCCUUUUACCUUGAGGGUUGCAGCAAGCAUCAGCGGUGCUGAGGUAGAACUUCAGAGUUGGCUGAUGAUGUCACCAGGGUUCUCCUCCAACAGAGACCCUCUAACUCAGGUCCCCUGUGAAAAUGUGAUGGUCCGCUACCCAGUGCCACAGGAGUGGGUGAAAAAUUUCCGCAAAGAUAGUGUUCUUGGGGAAAAGUCCUUGAAGGCAAAGGUGAACAAAAGUGCCAGCUUUGGAUCCACCAGUGUGUCGGGUUCUGAGCCAGUAAUGAGAGUAACAUUAGGAACUGCCAAAUAUGAGCAUGCCUUUAAUUCCAUCGUGUGGAGGAUAAAUAGACUGCCUGACAAAAACUCUGCUUCUGGUCAUCCACACUGCUUCUUCUGCCACUUAGAGCUUGGCUCAGACCGGGAAGUGCCUUCUAGUUUUGUCGGCCAUGUGGAUGUGGAGUUUGAUAUGCCAACUACUUCAGCAUCCAAAGCCACCAUUCGAUCUAUCUCUGUGGAAGGCAAGACAGAUGUCAGGAAGUGGGUCAACUAUUCAGCACAUUACAGUUACAAGGUGGAGAUAGAGCGGAAGAAGAGCUUGAAUUCAGAUUUGAGGGAAGAACUUACUGAUAACCCCAAGGAAUGUGCUGUGCAAUGAAGGAAAGAUCACUCUACAGUUGAAAGAGAAAAAUCAACAUGCCUUGAAGAAGAGAGAACACAGCACCUCGCUCCUGCUGUAGGAAAAGCCAGGACAUAUAUGGAGUGUUGCAGGGCUUCCUUGCCCUCUAUGCCUAUAUGUAGAGAGGAGCCUCUCUGGGGAUUUGUUUACAAGAGCUUGGUGGCUUUGGUAGAAGCACACCAAGCAUGUAGGCUCACAAUUCAUUCAAGCUUGCCUUCAUCCCUGCCACUGAUCUUCCUACAGUGAUAUAUUUUUUCAACUCACAAAAAAGGUGCAGUCUUGUCUUGUCAACAGUCUUUUCCCUACUAUGUGCUUGACAUUUCCUGAAAUUACAACUCCUUAGAAGAGCCAGAUAAUCUGAAACAACACUGAGGAGGAUGGAGAUAUGAGCGGUACACAAUAGCAUCCCUUUAUUUCUUGUCAUGUUCAUGAAUCUCACGAAAACAUUUUAACAGCCUUCCUUCUCCACCAAAGUAGAUUAUACCACUGGGAAGGACAAGUCAACUGAUCUUUCCUUAUUGUCUUUAAUGCAGAACAUUUAAAUAUUGCAUAUUUUCCUUGAAUUUUGGUAAUUGGAACGAUUCUUUUAUCCGCUUACUGACAGUGGGGCCAGGAUUAUUCUUUAGACUUGACAUAGUUUUAGGUGCCAGUAGAGGGGACUGUGCUAAUAUUUGACCAUUCUUGCCUGGGAAAAUACUGUAAAGAAAUAAAUCUCAUGUGAAGUUGGUUGGUUAGGUAGACUGGUUACUGCCUCUUAGAUAAUUGCUGCUUGGACAGAUAACUUGUAUUCUUGAUGGGGAUAGGGAAAGGAGAUGCUGUUUAUUUUUUGUAGAUGUUGACAAUGCUGCUUUCAUGUUCUGUCCCAACACUAUAUUUUACUUUAGAAAGACUGCAGUCUCACAGUCGUGUGUGCUACAUAAUAGGUGUUGUUACUUUAUAACGUACAGGCAUAAUGACAUUGCAGUCAGUGCUCUUUGAAUUCUGUGUCUACAGUAGCCUCACACAAGUGCAAAAAUUAACAUCCUGAGAAACUCAGCUUUUGGGAGCAGGGUUGUUUAAAAUUCAAGUUUCUAGCCCUCAUGGCUGGAAAGAUAAUACCUGAGCAGGAUGUUCAUUGGUCAGGUGGCAGAGCUUCAGUGCUCUGCAUAUCCUCUUUGUCCUCCCUAUGGAUGGAAAAAGCAGAUCUGGUCACUUUACAUCAUCUAUUCAGAAUAUUUUUGUAGAAUGUGGAUUACAUUAGAAUGGAUUUUGGAAGGAAACAGAGGGGGCUUUAACCCCAGGGUGGUAUCUCACAAAUGGAUUGUUCAGAUCCAAUGUUUGUGUGUGCACAGUUGGCACACAAAUAUUCACACACCCUUCUGUUUUCAUUCACAAUAUUCAUGUUAAUCCACCACUUGCCAUGCAUAUCAGUGUGCAGAGCUUGACAGAAAAUAUCCUGGGUGGAUGUGUUUUGUCCCUCCUCUCAGUAACUCCUCCCCCACCCUCCAUUACCUUUUACAUUGUGGUGUGUGCACCUUUAAAAAAACCAAGAAGUAAACAAAAGCUGAAGAGCAAACAUUACCAGCAUGUGUCACAGUGGGCAAAAUAGAGGGUUGUGAAUAGAGAGUUGUGUAUGGAGAGGAGAGGGUAAUACUGCAGCUCGUACAAAAAAGUCUAGAUUGGGAUGGGGAGCUCCUCCACCCCAGCGGGUCAUUUUGGCAGGCAGGAAUCACUGCCCACCUAUCAAUCACUUGACUGACAUACUCCAUACUAUAGUUCCCCAAUACCUGGAAUACUUGUCUCCUUCAAUCUUUUGAGUUGCAUCCCUGUGCAGAAAUGAAUUCUAAGAACAUGCAAAACAUCAUGAUGAAAACUCCAAAUUCAAAAUUAGUAUUAGACCCAGAAGCAUCUUCUUGUGAUUGAGUGGAUAACAAGGCUAUAAUUCUGAGCAGAAGAGACUGGGACUCAUCGUUGAUGUUUAUGCUCUCACCAGUGAAUCAUCACAGCUGAUUAUACAUGCCUUCUGUAGAUUUGCCUUCAAUUGACUUGCCAUUAUCCUACUUACUGUUCCAGAGUAAUAUAUUGUAAAAUACCAUUUGGCUUUAGUCCUCCUUAUCGACAGAACCAUUUCAUGAUAUUGUCAGCUGUGCAGGAACUGAUGGAAUACCCUGUUAAUUUAUUGUGGAAAUAACCUGUCUCUUGGCUAUAAAAAGGACUAUGUGUUGCUUUCAGUCAGUUCUUUGCUGCCUUCAUCCAGAGAGAUAGUUGAUAACCUCUUGCACUAUAUGACUUGAGUGUUUUUUUACAUAUUUUGUAACAGGUUUCUACCUUUUGAUGUUGUACUAUGAGAGAGUCUACACACUGGCUGAUUCUUUAGGCAUUUUGUUGUGACCCCCAUAACAUCUCAGAGAAAUGUCAUUAUGAGUUUAAUUGUGGGAGGAACUGUUGAAUAAAUGCAAAUGAAAUCCCACCUUCACCGAAGUCAUUUUUUCAAUGUCACACUGCUUAAUUUCUCUAUGUUGACAUUCUGCCCACAGAUCAAAGGAAGACAAAAUGUAAAGUGCACAAGCAUUAACUUCGUAUAUAGGAUGGAUUGGGAAGGGGCUGAGGGUGAGCUGAGUUAAGACUUGUAUCUGGAACUUUCUGGCUGAAAGCUCACACUCUAAGGCUGAAAUCCUACCCUCAGCUGAGAGUAAACCCCAUUGAAUAUGAUAGCACUUACUUCUGGGAAAACAUGGUAAGG